CCGAGUGUCGGCAGUCAAGCCAGUCGAGUCGAGAGCGCGCAGCCGUAGCGUGCGUUGCGCAUCGAACGCUAAUUCCACAUUCAAAAAAUUGCGCCAAUUUGAAAGUUGACUAAAAAGUUUUAAUUAGUGCGGCAUUUGUUCAGUGAUCACGUGACAUUUUGAGGAUUCGAAAAAGGAAUUUUUUACUCUUUUUAUUUGAGCAAUCAAAUUAACGUGGUCAACUCAAGCUGUAUUGAUGUCUUACUACGUCUUGUUCUAGUCCCGUGGAUUUAAAAGGGCCGGCACGAUGUUGCAGCAGAUCUUGCGCGACAUGUGGGUGGACCCCGAGAUCCUGGCCGAGCUCGACGAGACGCAGAAACAGACGCUCUUCUGCAAGAUGAGAGAAGAACAGGUGCGUCGCUGGCAGCUCUGGGAUGAGAAGGUGGGCAAAGAAGACGAGAGGCCCAAGUUCCAGAAGAAUGGAAAGAAGCAGGUGCAAUUCCUCACUGGAGAAGAUGGAGAACCAUGGGUGUGGGUGAUGGGCGAGCAUCCAGAAGACAAGUCGAUAGAGACGAUCCUGGCUGAAGAGGCGCGUGAGAAGGCCAUCGCGCAGGCACGCCAGGAGGUGCAGCAGCUCAGGAAGUCAGUGGAGAAGGAGCUCACGCAGCUCAUCGAGUAUAAACCCCUCGAUGAUUUGGAACAGAAAUUCGACCUAUCCCCGAAAACGAUGGACCCGUUAGAAGACACGCUGGAGAUCUACUGCACGGUGGACGAGCUGCGGCAGAGGAUCGAGGCCCUAGAGCCCGACGUCAAGAUCGAGCCCGACGAGAUAGACAAGCUCCCCCCUCCCGACUUCACCGACCCACUCAAGCUCGACCUCAGCAAGAACACGCUGCACUUUAACUUUAUCGAGGGCAAGAGAGAUGUGCUGCAGGACAUGGGCGUGGGGGCCGGCGGCGACGGCGUGAGCGUGCUGGUGGCGGCGUGGGAGCGGCGUGUGGCCGCGGCGAGGGCCGGCGACAUACUGCGCGGCAUCAGGGCCAAGCGCGCCAGAGCCAUGCGCCUCGCGCACCACGCCGCGCAGACGCACGACGCCGCCUGGCGCGACCAGGAGCGCAAAGCAAAAGAAGCAGAAGCAAGCAUGCGUGAGAUCGCUCGCGCAGCGCGAGAGGCACAUCGGCGAAGCUCACACAUUGCGGCACCUCCUGAUACUACACAAGCUGGCAAGCCCCCAAAUAGAGAAGCUAUAGUGGAGUGGUUCCAGACGCAUGAGCUGAAGCGAGGAGUUGGACUCGACGAGAACAACAAACCUGUCGACUGGUUUCAUGGUCUGAUCAGCCGGUCGGAAGCUGAGACGGCGCUGUCAAGCUGCCCUGCAGGCAGUUUCUUAGUCCGUGUGUCGGAACGCGUGUGGGGGUACGCGGUGACGUACCGCGACUCGUCGCGCUGCAAGCACUACCUGGUGGAGGCCGCGCGCGCCUACCGCCUGCUGCCCACCGGACACGUGGCGCAUGACACGCUCGCUGAUCUCAUAAACUACCACAAGACGGUGCCGAUCACGGAGAGCGGAGGCGAGCUGCUGGUGUCAGCAUGCCCGCCGCAGCAGACGCCCGACAUCUUGUGCGCGCCGCCAUCUUGAGCUGUGACGUCACGCCGCCCGUCGCUACACAACCUCUACUCAAUUAGCUCUAAGCUGGAAACGUUUACUUGCACUGUUGCCUUUGUUCAAGAAAAAGGAGAUUGGAAAGAUGGUCCUUUUAAAAAUGAGAAUGAUAAUUAAAAUGACCCUCUAUGCACUAUACUCGAGGUACUCUGUCUGGAUGAAAAGAUGAGUUGAUAAAGCUGGCUUUAUCAAAGGACAAAAUAUUUUUUUGUACAUAGUAUGUUUGUAAAUAGCGAGGAGAAAAUCUUGUACUCAUUUUGUCCUACAUCCUGUCUAACAGCCAGUUUCUUCAUCAAAAGUAAAAGCCAAAGUAAAAGUCAAAGUAAUGUCUAAAGUAAAAGUAACGGUCAAAUUCAUUUUUUCUAUUAGCUUUGCUGUCACUUUAGCCUUGAAAAAACGAAUUUGACCGUUACUUUUACUUUAGACAUUACUUUGACUUUUACUUUUGAUGAAGAAACUGGUCGUUAAAGGCAUUGCGUUGACGGCAACAGUGCAAGCUUCUAAUCAUUGAUUGGUGCGAUAUUUACAUAGUUAUCUGUAAAUAUCAAGGCACAUCAUCAAUAUUACUUAAUUACAUAGUGUAAAAACAUUCCAUAUGUGUGCAAACCCGUAUAGAUUAUUGUUCCACAGAACAUUUUACACUGUGACAAUCAUAAACAUACUCAAGGAAUUCCAAAAAGGCCUAAACAUUUCGUGUUACCAUGGUAACGCAGCAUUGGUGCUACGCUCGUAUAUAAGUUGAUCUCGAUAGUUUGAAAACUCUAUUAUUUAAAUCAUUAUGCAUUUCGUUAGCAGUAACUAAUUAAUGAACAAAAUUGUAAGUUAGUUGUCGUGUAGGCUAAUGUGAUACCAGUCCUUCAACAUAUAGCGCUUCAGUAUUAUCUACUGCUUGGAAACGGACAUAUAAUUUAGCUUACGUUACAAUACCUAGGUAGAUAGUAUAAUUUGCGAAAAGUUCGAAAAUAGAUAUAACUAGUAAGAUUGCUACUCAAUUUUGAAAAAAGUCUCGAAUAUUUUAGAAGUAUGUCAACGUAAGCUAAACAUAUUUCCAUAUAUAAUUUAAGUCCAGAUUCUGAUAAAUUAAGCCAAAGUUAACUUCAACGCAGAAUCGGGGUCUUGAUAUAAGCUGUUAUUUUAUAGCGAUUUUGUAUGCCAUUUGUAUCGUUCAUAGGUGGACUACGUCUAUGAUGUUAUUGUACUUUAGUCAUUAACUGCCAACUAGUAAUAAAUAUUAUAAAUAUGAAAACUUA